AUGACUAAACGUACAUUUCAAGUGAGGCUUGGUAAGACUUUUUCAAAUGUCAGAGCAGCAUCCAGUGGAGUUCCCCAGGGCUGCGUCCUGUCACCGAUAUUGUACAAUAUUUAUACAUACGAACUUCCUAGACUAGUUGAGAAUGCAGCAGUCCACUGCAAGGUGUUUGCCGAUGACAUGAAAAUUUAUAGGUCCGUUUCAGAUGCGAGUGAUUCGAACAUCAUCCAAAAUGCUAUUGAUGUAGUCAGCGCGUGGUCCAAGCGACGUAAGAUGUUCGAUCUCAUUACUGUUUACAAGAUAUUCACAGGAAAGCUAAGCCUCAAGUUUCAAGAUUUUUUUACCCUCCGCAACUCAAUUACCAGGGGAGAGAAGAAUAAGCUCGUAGUUCCCAGGUCCAAAACAAGGGUGAGGACUAAAUUUUUCGCAAUAAGGGCAGCCACUCAGUUUUCCAAAUUGAUGAAAUCAUCCACGCUACCGAAAAAUAUUGCUCAGUUCAAAAAUCUCUUGCACCAUCAUUUCAAGUGA